CUGCUUCAAAUGAGGGCUGGCUACUACUCCCCUCGAUCGUCUUCCUGACGACUAAAGCAAGGAUUUUAGCUGCGCCCCUGACAACCACCAGAGUCCUCACUCAACUACUCCACGUAUCCCUCUCUCUAUUCCCUCUCACACACAGACACAUAACACUCACCCACUCCACUCUACUAGCCUCUCUCUCUCUCUUUCACCCUCUCUCCUCAGUCUCUCAGCAGAACACAUGCAGUGAGUGCUCUUUACCUCAUGGAGUAUAGCAGCAGCAAGCCGGGGUAGUGAUGGGCUGCACGCCGUCUAAGUCCUCCAUCACCUACACCCAGGAGAGGGUGUGUCGGGACUUGGACACCUGCUCCACCUUUGUCCCCAGUCUCAAGAGUUCCGUGUCUACCCCAGAGAGACCCUCGCCUCAGCUCUGUGUGCAGACCAGCAGCGGCAAACAGACCUUCCUCAGUGUUCCGUACCGUGACAUCUAUGGGCGAUCUAUAAGCCAGCCUUCUAGCCCGGACGCGUGGAGCACUUUCACCACUGCAACCACCGCCAGCCCUCUCUGCCUGCCACACUCCAUCCUCAAGCCAAGCUGCAGCGAGAGAGACAGCGACUCUGACGGGGAUGAGACUCCCACAUGCGGCUAGAGGUGACGGACAAUCUGCGGAGACAGAUUUGUGUCUAUACUAUAGAACUCUGCAAGCAAAAUUAAGUGCAUGGCUGGUGCACUGAGGUCCAAUUCUUUAAGAAAAGUAGUUUCUGAAGAACUUUGAGAAUGUUGAUUUCCCUUAUGAAUGUCACUGAAGUUAUCCUUCAUUGCCAGGAAUGUCUCGGGAAAGGACACAGCAUUUCUUAAAACACUUUAUUAAAGGCCCAAUGUAGCUGUUUUUACUUCAAUAUCAAAUAAUUUCUGGGUAAAAAUUAAGUCCCUUACUGUAAUUAAAAACUAUCAAAAUGUUCUAAAAGAAACAAAUAGCUUCUUAGCAAGAGCAAUGUAUCAAGCAAUCAUUUUGCUAGGACUGCCUGGGAGAGGGAAACCUGAAAACGAUCUGUUAUUGGCAAAUAGGUUUGGAACUCUCUUAUUGGUCUAUUAACUAAUUUACUGCCUGGUGAGGCCAGACCGUAAACUACUGGGAGGUCAAAACUCCAUCCCCAACCUGGACUCAGGUAAACUUAGUAUGAUAUGUUUCAUAAUGUAAUUAUUAAUUUGUUUAUAUCCAUCCAUGUCAUAUGAUACCUUACAAUUCGUAUGAUAUGUUACGAAUUACAAUUUGUUGUGUCUGAUGUUAGCUAGGUGGAUAAUGCUAACGUUAACUAGGUGGCUAAUGUUAGCUAGGUUAGAGUUUAAGGUUAGGGGUAGGGUGAGCUAACGUGCUAAGUAGUUGCUAAUUAGCUGAAAGUGUUCCGUGGUGAGAUUUGACCACGCAACAUUUGGGUUGCUAGACGUUUGUGUUAUACACUCACCCAGACCAACGACCCUACUUUCUGUUUGCCUUAAGUAACCGGUUUUAUGUUACAUUUGGUAUCGUUACAUAUCAUACUAAUUUGUGUGUCCCAGAUUUACAUUUACUAUGUUAGGUCUAGUCUAUGAAAACAGGCUGAAAUUUCAGGUGGUCUUUUCAAAUAGCUCGUACACUAAAAUGGACUUAUCAUCAAUUUCACAAUUUCAUCCUCAUAGUUUGGAAAUAUACAUAAAACACAGGUAAUCACGUUUUUGACUGCACUGGGCCUUUAACUUCUGUUGUGGCGGUUUUAUAAUGCUUGAUACACUACUCUCUCACUAAUCAGCACACCACCGACCAGCCUAUCAACAUAAUAUACGCCUAUUCACAGCUCAGACCUGUAGACUGUUUAAUGAUCAACUAUUGUAGCCGAAUUAAUUGCACCCAAUCAUUUUGUUCCUUUUGGGACAGGUCGUCCUUAUUAUAUGAACAAGGUGUUUUCCAAUAGGCCUUUUUUUAACGCAAUACAUACGUAAAUAAUUUGCGUGAAUGGUUUGUGAUUAACGAGAAGAUAGCGCACCGCAUAAAAACAGCAGCACCAGCUCUAGCAGAACUCUUCAGCUUGGAACUCUCGCGAGGAGAAAAUGACUUCCACAGGAUAGGGAGAAAGAUGAGGUCUGAAAAGGACCAAAUGACCGGAGGCAGGGAGGAAAGUGUCGUCGAAAUACAACUCCGAGAUAUUCCGAGAGGACAGGACGCCGUCUCCGUUAACUCAAAGCAGAAAGAAGAGAAGAAGGAGGUCUUUACUAAGGUAGUAAUAAGGCGACUUCCACCCAACCUGUCCAAGGACCAGCUGGAAGAACAGCUCAGUCCUCUUCCAUCCUAUGACUACUUCGAGUUUUUCCCUGCUGAUCAAAGCCUCUAUCCACACCUGUUCUCCAGAGUUUACAUUAACUUCAGAAACUCAGAAGACAUCCUGCUCUUCAGAGACCGCUUUGAUGGCUAUGUUUUCAUUGAUAACAAAGGACAGGAGUACCCAGCUGUGGUAGAGUUUGCCCCCUUUCAGAAAGUCUCCAAGAAGAAGGUCAAAAAGAAAGAUUCCAAAGCUGGAUGCAUUGAAGAAGACCCGGAGUACCGGCGGUUUCUGGAGAACUACUCCUGUGAUGAGGAGAAGUCCAUGGCCAACCCUGAAACCCUGCUGGGAGAGAUAGAGGCCAAGACAAAGAAACUCAUAGCCAAAAGAACAACACCUCUUCUGGAGUACAUCAAGAAUAAGAAACUUGAGAAGCACAGGAUAAGAGAGGAGAAGAGAGAGGAGCGUCGACGCAGGGAGCUGGAGAAGAAACGGCAGAGGGAGGAGGAGAAGAGGAAACGGAGGGAGGAGGAGAGACGCAAACGCAAGGAGGCGGAUAAACAGAAAAAACUAUCGGAGAAGGAGAUCAAGAUCAAGCUCCUGAAGAAGAGUGACCGGGACGAUGAUGUGGACUCUGACAGGCUCAAGGACAAAGGAGACAGUGGGGACACAGAGAGGGCCAAGUGGGACAAACCCAGUGGACACAUGAAGUCAAAGGAAACCAAGGACCAGGGUCAGAUGGAGAGCGAUAAGGAGCAGAGAGAGCACGGCCGCAGGCAGAGAGACAAAGACCACAGAGGAAGAGACGAGGAGAGGAAACGACAGCGCCACCACUACGAGUUCGACAAGUCCAUGCGGUGCAAGGAGGAUACCAAGUGGGGUAAAGGCUACUGCCAGGACCGGGCAAAGAAAGAUGGCCAAUACCACAGCUCCUACUCCUACUGCCCCGACACGUGCGACAAGGUGGUCAGAGAGGACAUUGGCGGUAGCAGGAAGGAUCGCGUCCGGAACAAGGUGAGCGACAAGGCCUGUGUCUCUCAGUCUGUGUUAGCCUAUCAGGACAGAAGGACGUCCCAGUCAGAGGGGCCACACCAGAUAGGAGGGGCUCUGCCAAACAAGGACCGGCCUGCCAUGCAGCUCUACCAGCCAGGCGCUCACAAUCGCAAGCGCGUGAGCUCUGCAAUGAGAGGUUAUGAGCUUCCCAUGAACCAGUCGCCAGAACACGCGGUGGCGGACCGCUGCUACGAGGCCGUGGCCAUGGAAACGGGCUCGGAAAUAUGCGGCGAGGAGUAGUCCAGUCUGUCUGCUCUGAUAAGCCUAUCACAAUAUUUACGCCUAUGAAUCAUGAAGCCUUUAUGUGGUGGUUUUGAUUUGAUAUAAAUGCUUCAAAAUUCACAAAAAAAGUGACGUUAGCUGAUGAAGAUGAUCUCAUAGAACAAAACGUAUAAGAUCUCCUAAGCCUGUUUUUACCACAGAACUUAUUUUUUCCGUUUAUCAAAAAAAAAAACAUUAACUUCCCCAUAGGCUUUGACCAACGAGCCAUAGCGGAAUUUGUGCCUACAAAAAGACGGCAUUACUAUUGCUCUCUAUUGGGCUGCCAGACUGUAGGCUUGCGUGUUAUUAAAAGGCAUGCAUGCGCAAGGCUUUGGGGUUGAUGGAGCUGCACUCGCCAUUGAAAUCAUUUAAACCUAACGAAGUUUCUGUGUCAAACCUUUGCGCAAAUAAUUUCAAAAGAAUUUGAAGAUUGGGUCACCCAUGAUUGGGGCAGGAGAGUAGCAAAUAUCAAACAUUCCCAAUACAUAAUGGAAACCUUUUCAUCUUGUUCUCCUUUGUGGUAUUCUGUACAUCACAGAGAAUUUUCUCUGGACUCGAUUAGAAUGUGUUUUGUCAAGCAUGACGGGACCACAUAUCUACAACACAAAAUCCAUUUGUACGUGUGUAUAGUGCGUAUGUCAUCAUGGGUGUGCGUGCAUGUGUCUGUGCCUAUGUUUGUGUUGCUUUACAGUCCCCGCUGUUCCAUAAGGUGUAUUUUUUUAUCUCUUUUUUAAAAUCUGAUUCUGCUGCCUACAUCAGUUACCUGAUGUGGAAUAAAGUUCCAUGUAGUCAUGGCUCUAUGUAUAAGGGCACAAGGGAAGACCCAAAUGCAGACAUAGGAGGCAGAUGGUAGAGCUCCGAUAUUUAUUAUGACAAAGGGAGUAGGCAAAGUUCAUAAACCAGGUCAGAGACCCAACAGUAUCCGACGAUAGGCAGUCUCGAGGUCAGGCCAGGCAGGGGUCAGAAACCAGGUCCGAGUCCAAAACAGUACAAGGGGAUAGGCAGGCUGGUAGUCAGAACAGGCAGAGUGGUCAGGCAGGCGGGUUCGGAGUCAGGACAGGCAAGGGUCGAAACCAGGAGGACUAGAAGCAGACAGAGACUGGGAAAAAUAACAGCAAGGAAAAAUGUUUUUGAAUUGGUUAACAAGACGAACUGGCACAGAGAGACAGGAAACAGGGAUAUAUACACACCGGGGAUAAUAAGCGACACCUGGAGGGGGUGGAGACAAUCAGAAGGACAGGUGAACCAGAUCAGGGUGUGACACUGUGUAGUACUGUGCGCCUCCCAUAGUCUGUUCUGGACUUGGGGACUGUGAAGAGACCUCUGGUGGCAAUACCACUCACAAAUACAAGUAGUGAUGAAGUCAUCCUCUUCUCCACUCUGAGCCUGGAGAGAUUGACAUGCAAAUUAUUAAUUUUUGCUCUCUGUGUACGUCCAAGGGCCAGCCGUGCUGCCCUGUUCUGAGCCAAUUGCAAUUUUCCUAAGUCCCUCUUUGUGGCACCUUACCACACGACUGAACAGUAGUCCAGGUGCGACAAAACUAGAGACUGUAGGACCUGCCUUGUUGAUAGUGCUGUUAAGAAGGUAGAGCAGCGCUUUAUUAUGGACAGACUUCUCCCCAUCUUAGCAACUGUUGUAUCAAUAUGUAUUGACCAUGACAGUUUACAAUCCAGGGUUACUCCAAGCAGUUUAGUCACCCUAACUUGCUCAAUUUCCACAUUAUUUAUUACACGAUUUAGUUGAGGUUUAGGGCUUGGUGAAUGAGUCAUCCGCAUACGUAGACACACUGGCUUUACUCAAAGCCAUGUCUACGUAGAGAGAUUGAAAGAAUUACCUCCAUUCAUGAUGUUUAUUUGACCCUUAAUGUCUCAUGACAACAAUACACACAUCUAAAAGUAAAGUAAUGUAAUUAAGAAAUAUAUAAAUAUUAGAUUGAGCAAUGUCGGCGUGGCAUUGACUAAAAUACAGUAGAAUAGAAUACAGUUAAUACAUAUGAGAUGAGUGAAACAGUAUGUAAACAUUAUUAAAGUGACUAGUGUUCCAUUAUUAUAGUGGCCAGUGAUUCCAUGUCUAUGUAAAUUGGGUAGCAGCCUCAAAGGUGCAGGGUUGAGUAACCGGGUGGAAGCUGGCUAGUGAUGGCUAUUUAACAGUCUGAUGGCCUUGGGAUAGAAUCUGUUUUUCAGUCUCCCUGUCCCAGCUGCUUUGAUCCACCUGUACUGACCUCGCCUUCUGGAUGGUAGCGGGGUGAACAGGCCGUGGCUCAGGUGGUUGAUGUCCUUGAUGAUCUUUUUGGCCUUCCUGUGACAUCGAGGUGUUGUAGGUGUCUUGGAGGGCAGGUAGUUUGCCCCUGGUGAUGCUUUGGGCAGACCGCAUCACCCUCUGGAGAGCCCUGCGAUUGCUGGCGGGGCAGUUGCCGUACCAGGCGUGGAUACAGCCCGACAGGGUGCUCUCAAUUGUGCUUCUGUAAAUGUUUGUGAGGGUUUUAAGGGCCAAGACACAUUUCUUCAGCCUCCUGAGGUUAUAGAGGCUCUGUUGCGCCUUCUUCACCACACUGUCUGUUUGGGUGGACCAUUUCAGUUUGUCCGUGAUGUGUACGCCGAGGACUUGAAAGUUUCCACCUUCUCCACUGCUGUCCCAUCGAUGUGGAUAGGGUCGUGCUCCCUCUGCUGUUUCCUGAAUUCCACGAUCAGCUCUAUUGUUUUAAUGACGUUCAGUGAGAGGUUAUUUUCCUGGCACCACUCUCCCAGGGCCCUCACCUCCUCCCUGUAGGCUGUCUCGUCAUUGUUGGUAAUCAAGCCUACUAAUCUUAUGUCUGAUGCAAACUUGAUGAUUGAGUUGGAGGCGUGCGUGGCUACACAGUCAUGGGUGAACAGGGAGUACAGGAGUGGGCUGAGCACGCACCCUUGUGGGGCCCUUGUGUUGAGGAUCAGCGAAGUAGAGGUGUUGUUUCCUACCUUCACCACCUGGGGGGCGGCCCGUCAGGAAGUCCAGGACCUAAUUGCACAGGACGGGGCUCAAGCCCAGGGCCCCGAGCUUAAUGAUGAGCUUAGAGGGUACUAUGGUGUUGAAUGCUGAGAUAUAGUCAAUGAACAGCAUUCUUACAUAGGUAUUCUUAUUGUCAUGAUGGGACAGAGCAGUGCGAUGGCGAUUGCAUCGUCUGUGGAUCUAUUGGGGCGGUAAGCAAAUUGAAAUGGUUCUAGGGUGUCAGGUAAGGUAGAGGUGAUGUGAUCCUUAACUAGCCUCUCAAAGCACUUCAUGAUGACAGAAGUGAGUGCUACAGGGCGAUAGUCAUUUAGUUCAGUUACCUUUGCUUUCUUGGCUACAGGAACAAUGGUGGACAUCUUGAAGCAAGUGGGGACAGCAGAGUGGGAUAGGGAGAGAUUGAGUAUGUCCGUAAACACUCCAGCCAGCUGGUCUGCGCAUGAUCUAAGGACGCGGCUAGCGAUGCUGUCUGGGCCGGAAGCCUUGCAAGAAUUAAGACAUGUCAUUGUUUUUAUGAGAAGUGUUCCUGAGGCAGCACAUUAUAUGCCUGUUUCCCGGACACAGAUUAAGCUUUGUCCUGGACAAAAAAGCCUGGUCAAUAGAGAAGCUUUAUAGUCCAGGGUUAAGAUGAAACUGUGUCCGGGAAACCGCCCCUAUGUGUCUGUCUACUACCUGCCUGUGAAGGAAUACCUCCUCAUCCACAGAGAUCAUAUUUGAUAUGCCUUUUUUUGUGAUUCCAUUUGACUGGUGUUUUUAAAAGAACGUCUAUAGAUUUUAUCACAAAGAAAAUACACAAAGUAGUGACAAUUGUAUUUAAGAAAUUCUAAAUGUAUUUUCAGUGUUGGAUGUAGAAUCUGUAAACCAAAUAAUUUGUGUGUGUGUGCGCGUUUCAGCAUUUAAGUGUGAUAGGAGAGGAGAAUGUUUGGGUUGUCAACAAUAUUCUUUGUCAAUUCUCUUGUAUAAUGUGAUUUAUGACAAUUCUUACGUAAUCCUGUUUCUAGAUGUCAUAGACUGUAGCUAUUUGUGGGUGGAAACAUAAGGUGACGCGAGCCAUCUAUUAUUAAAGCAGUAUUUCGCACUUGAGCCAAGAAGAACAUAACUUUGAUAUUCAUCAUAAUUUACCACAAUGAAAAGAAGGCAAAAUAACGUUGAAGGUGCUGAGUUUGAUGCUGUUGAAAGUCUCAACGUUUUCUACACUGUUUGCGCGUUUUCUACCAAAUUGUAAACUGUUGGAUUCAGCUGAUGCCUGAACUGAGAUUUGGAAGGAAGUGAAAUCAGAUUCUUGUUCGCUGUAAAAGACACCUUCCUUCUGUGUUUUUGUUUGUUUUCAUUAUGAUAUUUGAAAAAAGAGUUAAAUAAAACAAUCCAAUAAA